AUGAUGACAUCAAUUCAACCAAAGGUCCACGAAGCUGCUUCUCAGCACGCGCAGAUUAUUCAAGGUCUCUCGGAAACAGACCAAGCGCCAUCUCAGCUGCAGCAGCAAGAUGCUUACCUGAAAGAUCUCAAAACACAAGAGGCACACACCUCGAAGCGCGUAGAAGAGCUUCGGAAAAAGACAGGCCUCGAGCUGGAGGACCAUAAGAAGUAUUCCGAAUCAACGUUUCGCCGUAUGGCUCACAAAGCAUCUGGUCGUAAGGAACGCUUCGCCGAGAAAGCAGCCAAAGAGGAGCGCGAAUACUUCGAUGCCAUCCAAGAGCAGAAAACUGCUGAGGACGAGCUGGCCUAUGUCAGGCAGCUGAAGGCUGAAGCCGAAGUGCAAAGGCAGAAGUUCGACAGCGAUACGUCUCGCCACAACCAGCUCCAGCAACAGCUCAAUCAGCUCUACAACUCCAUUUUCGCCGGCCAAACACCCGAGUUUCCGGAAGAAGACCGCAAGGAGGAGGCUUGUAAUGUUGCGUCUCAGCAUGUUCAGUCCAUCCAUCAGGAACUGGAACACGAACGUCACGUACAGUUCUUGCUACGCCAAACGAGCACCAAGCUCAGUGAAGCGCGCAGCCACCUCGACGAUGCACAUGGCAUGUCGCAAUGGGAUAUGUUUGGUGGAGGCACCAUAGCCUCGAUGCAAAAGCGCAGCCUGCUUGAGCGCGCUGAGAGCAGCAUCUCGCAAGUCCGGAUGCUGCAGCAGCAAUUGCAGCAAGUCGCGCCGCACCUUCCCAACCUGGGUCAGCUCAACAUCGCGUCUGGCAGUAUUUGGGGGGACGUGGUGUUCGACAACAUCUUCAGUGAUAUGGAAAUGCAUGACAAGAUCAAGGAUUCGGAGGCGCAGGUCGACAGGGCUGGGCACAAGUGUGGAGAUCUGGUCAGGGAGAGCGAGCAGAGGGAGCAGAGGCUUUUGGGUAGCGUGAAAGCCGCGAAUGAGAAGCUGAAGGAGGCGCGGAUCGAGCUUCAGAGGACGAGAGAGACAGUGUUCACAGGCGUGUUGGAGGGUAACACAGGCGGUUACCAGCCACCAGCAGCUGCACCGCCAGGUUAUGAUGCUGCACCGCCAUCCUACACAAUUUGA